AGGAGCAUUUUCUUGUGUUUUUGCUAGUUUAGCUGAGGUUGUUAGUUUUACUGUGACUCACGCGGCGUGUUUUCAACACAGUGCAGACACAAUGAACCACAUAUUCCGCAAGUUGCAAGUGACUUUCCCACAGCAGGCAUCUAUUCUGAAUCAGUCGUUAUGCAGAGCCACACCGUCCAUUCAGCAUCCGGUGUGGUGUACUGCAGCUAUAAAUGAAAGACAGUACAGAGAUAUGCCAACACACGGGAUUGGACGGUGGAGGCAUUUGUUACUCAAACAGGCACCCAAGAAGAAGAAAGACAGAAACCAGCAAAAAGAGCUUGUUUCAGCGACUGAUACGGCGUACGGGACUCUGAACGUGACGGUGUCCGGGUACGACAUGACCGUGGUGGAGCAUUACUCCCAGUACAUCCACAACUUCUGCAACCGGCUCAACAUCAAAGUGGCAGAAAGCUAUGCUUUGCCAACCAAGAGCACAGAAGUGUUGCUAAUGCAAGAACAAGGCAACAAAACGUACGUGGACGCCGUCCUGAAGACCCACCGGCGCGUCGUCCAGUUGAGUAGUUUGAAUGCCUCGCUGUGUCCCGUCUUCAUGGACGUUAUUCUGAAGAACCAACCAGAAGGAGUUCAGCUCUCGGUGCAGGAGCAGACAGAGGCGGAUUAUCAAGCACGCUUUAAGGCGCGUCCAGAGCUGGAGGGGCUCGUCGCUCAGAUCAACCAGUAGGAUGUUCUCAAGGUUCCUCUGAAACUUUAUUUCCACAAAAUGAGCAAAACUUGUUUGUUUAAAAUGGAUUUAUUCCCCUUUGUCCUACUGUUGCUAUUUUUCUUGUUUUCAAAAACCGUUUGAAAUAAAUAAAUAAUAAAAAUAAACAUGUUUUCCUCA